AAAUGAAUUUGGAUGACUUCUUUAAAUACACGUACAUGCCUAUGGCUUUGAAGAUCAAUGUCGCUUGUCCCAUUGUUUCUCGACACCUUGGUACAAUAAUUACUAUUAUUCAUUAGACCAACACAGCACCGUUAUUUCUAGCUUAGGUACCUGUUAUCUCAAAUUUAUUCCACUUCGUCAUCAUGGCUACCCAGGAAACCGACGCAAACCUGGAUAUAACCGUCUUCCGCGGAUUCAAAGAAACCGGGAAGUACAUAUGGUCGCCGUUUGUUAUCAAAUUAGAAGCGCGAUUGCGCUUCGGGGGCGUGCGCUACAAGACAGAUGUUGGCUCGCCUAGGGUAGGGCCCAAAGGCAAGAUCCCGUAUAUAGAAUGCCGUGAUCUAUCCGCAUCGCCUUUGCAAGGUGGGAAAAGGAACAGUUCGGAGCAAAAAGUUCAACUCGGCGACAGCACCCUCAUCGCUAAGACCCUGACCGAGUGGGGUGUGCUCCCGGAUCUGAGCGCCGGGCUAGACCCGUCGAAAAAGUUACAAGACCUAGCGGUGAAAGCCUUGCUGGAGGAGAAGUUAUACUUUUUCGAAAAUUGGGAGCAUUGGAUCCAGCACUACUACGACAAAAGAGACACUAUCCUAUGGUCAGUCCCGUAUCCCAUGCGCAUCAUUGUGGGCUUUUUACUUUAUCGCUCCAUCGCCGCCACGUUACACGGCCAGGGCACCGGCCGGUUUACCGCAAAGGAGAUUGAAGAGUUUAGGCACGAGAUUUGGGAGACAAUCGGUGCGCAGCUCGUAACGUCGCGAUCUAGUAGUAAAGGUGGUGACAAGGAGCCGUUCUGGAUACUCGGGGGAGAACAACCGACGGAAGCGGACGCGUGCCUCUUUGGCUUCAUCGUGGCUGCUUGGAUCUCCACUGCCGGACCCAAGUCUCGCCAGGACAUUAAAGAGUUUCCCGUGCUUCUAGACUAUGCUGGACGUAUCCACGAGCGGUAUUUCCCAGACUACGAGAAAUGGGCCGAGUGAUGGAGAUAUGUGACUUAUGUAAAUUCUUUCUUUCUUUCGCACCACUAUAAAAGCUAGCUACAGUUAAUAUUAUACGCACUCAAGGGCCAAGAAUACAUGCGAGGUAUACACAUAUUAAUAAGUGCUUAUACCGCGUUCUUUGCAGUACUUUUCUACUUCCUUCUGCAGGCUUUGCUUCU